AUGGACCUCGAAUCUCCACUCAUAAGACUGACGAAAACAACGUGGAGACUCAACGACUCCCUUUUAACCGACCUCCCACUGAGGGCCCAAGUCACCGACACUCUACAGACAUACUUUACCGAGAAUGAGACGGGAGACGUAUCUGAUAUGACAGUAUGGGAGGCACACAAAAGUGUACUCCGGGGCAAGCUUUUCCAAAUCGCGUCACAACGGAAAAGAGAGGCGGGCGCACUUAUGUCAAACAUCCUUGACCGGAUCCGCUCCCUGGAAACACAACACAAACGUCAACAGGUGGAAGAUACCUACAAAGAACUAUUAGAGGAAAGAAGGAGACUAAACGCACUGCUACUCAAGAGACACCUGAGACAACUCCGUAGAUCUAAAGGCUUCUUCUACCUCCACGCAAACAAAGGAGGCAAACUCCUCGCACAAAUGCUCAGGGGACAACAACACCCCUCACAAGUCCACAAAUUAAAAACACGCGACGGCACUACUACCCAACACCCGGAGAAAAUCGCCAAGGAAUUUCUCACCUACUACUCCUCGCUCUACAAUACACAUUCACAAAGCGACGAAGAAGGCAGACGAAUCAAACAAGGCCGCAUGGAAUGCUUCCUGAGAGAACAUCUACACACGACG